AUGAAAAUAUUACAAACCACAAGUAUCUCUACAUUAAUUAUAGAAAUAGAGUAUGCAAAAAACACAGCUGAUAAUGCAGUAAACGCGCCUUAUUACUCGCCAGACGGUUUAUCAAAAACCCUUCACCUGAGUAUAUCGGUUAUUUCGUCGUCACCUAGAAAAAAGCGACGGCAACAUAGACAUGUAUAUUCGUUACCGCCUGAGCUGAAAAUUCGGUAUAAAGUCUUACAAGAGCUAGGUUCAGGCGGUUUUGGAUUCGUUGUCUCGGCCAUUAGGCUUUCGGAUAAUCGUAAGGUCGCGAUAAAAUUUAUUUAUAAGAAUAAAAUACGUCGUUGGAAUUACGACGAAGAACUUUCCAUGGAUGUACCCAUGGAAAUAUUCGUAUUACGACGCGUCGAUCCACAUGAAAAUAUCGUGCAAUUCGUGGAAAUGAUGGAAGAUACAAAUUUCUUUUAUUUAGUAAUGGAGUAUCACGGCGCUCAAUGGUCGUCGAAUAAUAAUAAUACAUCAUGCGAUCUAUUCGAAUGUAUGGAACAAUAUUCUGGGUUUCCCGAAUCUCAGGCGCGUUAUAUUUUCCGACAAAUCGUGGCGGCAUUGUGUCAUUUAGACGCGCUUGGUAUUUAUCACCGUGAUAUAAAAUUAGAGAAUGUAACGAUAAACGAACAUUUUAUGGUGAAACUCGUAGAUUUUGGAACGGCAGUGAUGAUUCCCAAAGGUGAAUCGAUAACUUUUGCUGGUUUAGUGGGAACUUAUUUUCCACCAGAAAUGAUUCAAGGAAGAGAAUGGAAUCCUUGUCAUUCUCAAGUCUGGUCGCUAGGUAUAUUGCUUUACCGGCUUCUUUUCUGUAUACCUCCGUUUGCAAAUAAAAAUGAUAUUUGCAUGCAUCCAUAUAGGAUGCCGCCUCGAGAAUACAGUUACGAGCUAAGUGAUCUUUUAGACAAACUAUUAGAAAAAGUUCCCGAAAAUAGACCGUCAGUUUGGGAUGUACUGAAUCAUCCAUGGGUAAACAAGACAUCGGCAUACACCAGAUUUGGAUCUUGGGAUUUCUCGACUAUCGAGUAUAUUGUUCUCAGUUUAUGUGCGGCUUGGUCACCGUUGGGCGGAAGAAAUUUUGGAGCGAAUGUUGUUCGAUGA